AAAAGGUGUCAAAUUGCCGCAACAAAAGUUGUGGUUGUAUGCAAAUACCUGUUGUUUUUACUGAUAAAAUAAGCUAAACAAUACAUUUUUGCGAUAUAAUUGGUUACCUAAUCAUGAAUCUUUCGGAGGACAACAAUUUUGCUAAUGGCCUGUUAUAUGUAGGAUUCAAUCAAGAUCAAGGAUGCUUCGCCUGCGGAACGGAAAAUGGAUUUAGAGUAUUCAAUAGUGAUCCUCUCAAAGAAAAAGAACGACAAAAUUUUGCGGAAGGUGGUUUGUCUUACGUAGAAAUGUUAUUUCGAUGCAAUUACAUGGCCUUAGUAGGAGGAGGAAAGACUCCGGUGUAUCCACCAAAUAGAGUUAUAAUUUGGGACGACCUAAAGAAGGACUCUGCUAUUUCAUUGGAUUUUAAUAGCCCUGUCAAAGCUGUGAAAUUAAGAAGAGAUAGAAUUGUUGUGGUCUUAGAGAAUUUGAUAAAGGUGUACACUUUUACUGUUCAGCCGCAGUUGCUGCAUGUAUUUGAAACAUGUCAGAACAGUAAAGGCUUGUGCGUAGUGUGCUCCCACAGCAACAAUGCACUACUGGCCUAUCCUAGCCGCAAAACAGGACAUGUGCAGCUGGUAGAAUUAACAAAUCAAGCUGGAUCAUCCAGCAGCACCCCUGAAGGUCAUCUAAUAGCUGCUCAUGAGGCACCACUUAGCUGUUUGAGCCUCAAUGUUGGUGGCACCAGAUUGGCUACUGCCUCUACCAAAGGCACUCUCAUAAGAGUGUUUGACACAAGUACUGGACAAAAACUGGCAGAGCUGAGAAGAGGAGCUAACCAGGCAACAAUCUACUGUAUCAAUUUCAACCACACAAGCACCAAUUUAUGUGUAACAUCCGACCAUGGCACAGUACAUAUCUUCAGCUUGGAAGAUGAUAAACUUAACAAGCAAUCAACAUUGUCAACUGUCAACUUCUUGCCUAAAUAUUUCUCGAGCAAUUGGAGUUUCUGCAAAUUCACUAUACCAAAUGGGCCGCCGUGUAUUUGCGCCUUUGGAGUGGACAAAAGUUCUAUUAUUGUAAUAUGUGCUGAUGGGUCCUACUACAAAUACAAAUUUAAUGAGAAGGGCGAACAUACAAGAGAUGUUUAUGCACAAUUCCUAGAAAUCUCGGAAGAGAGAUAAAGGAAUAUGGAAGACCCUAAGAACAAUACAAUUUCUAUAAAGUUGUCACUGGUGAAAAGAGAUUGAAGUUUUUAUACUUUAUAUAUAUCAUAAAAAAGAAGAGUGUAGAAAAAAUUCAUCAAUUUAGCGAAAAAUUCAUGAAAUUUUGAUUCCACUCGGUUUAUUUUGGCUAUUAUGAAUUUUUAGGUCUAGUCAUUGACAAAACUUUCUAUCAAUUUCAAUACAAUGAAUUGUUUAGUGAUGCCAAAAUUUUACUUUAUUUUAACAUGUAGUUUGCAAACAGAUCAGAACAUACUGCCAUGAUCUUACAUAAUUAUUUGUUAAAUCUGUCUUUUGAUUUUCUAAUUAUUUCAAUUUCAUAUUUAUUGCGUUUACAAUAAUUUUAGACUUACGAAAAAUAAAGCUGGUUUAUCGUUAAGAGCGUUUCGGCAGCGCCGUUAGAGCGCCGCGCGUUCGAAGAU